AUGCAACGUUCAAUUUCCUCAUCAAAGAAUGUUUACCGCAAUAUCAUCCACUACCAAAAACCACCGACUGCCCCUAUAGUCCCCCCGAAGCAACAACCAUGUGAAGUUUUCAUUAACCACCGUGGGAUCGACACCAAGAAGUGCGUUGCAGGACUUUUGUAUAAUCAUCUCAGGAGGUUAAGAUUGCAACCGUUCUUGGACAGCAAGAAUAUGAAACCAGGUGAUAAAUUAUUCGAUAAAAUCGACACUGCCAUCAGCGAAUGUAAAGUUGGUGUUGCAGUUUUUUCUCCUCGGUAUUGUCAAUCGUAUUUUUGCUUGCAUGAACUGACACGUAUUAUGGAGGCUAAGAAGAAGGUUAUUCCGGUUUUUUGUGAUGUUAAACCAUCGGAGCUUACUAUUAAAGACAACUGGAGGCGCCCUAAGCACGAGAUAGAUAGUUUCCAAUCCGCUCUCGAGGAGGCUAAGUACACCGUUGGCCUAACUUUCGAUUCUUCAAACGGGGAUUGGCCAGGAUUUUUGAUGAGUGCGACUGAAGCGAUCAUCGAGAACUUAAUAGAGGUGGAAGAGGAAAAGCAGCAAAAAAUAAUUCGGGAAAUUUGA